AGGCUGCUGUCACUUUAUGAGUCCGCAGCCCAGACAGAGAGUAUCCCUGCUGCCAGCGGACCGCGGCGGGCUGGGCGCAGGGCCCCCUCCUCUAGCUCACCACGUGGACCCGCGCCUCCUCCGGCAGCCGCGGUGGUGGCGGCGGCAGAGCCUCGCCCUCUCCAAUCCCCACCCUCUCCAUCCUUAGCUGGUAAAGAACAGUAGCGCCUGGCACGUUCCUGGAGGACCCCGGGCGCAGAAGGGGAAAGAGAGCGGGCGCAGGGGGACUGGAAAAGCAGCAUGCGCCCCCCGGGAGCAGUCUCGGCGCCCGAGGUCUGAGGUGGUAGCCCCCGUUCGCCAUUGUGAGCCGCCGCAGGGGUAUCCAGCUGGCGCCACAGUGCCCCCGGCUCCCCCUCCGAUCCGCGAUGGGGCACCUGCCCACGAGGACGCACGGCCGCCUCCUGCCUCUGCUCUGGCUCUUUGUGCUGCUCAAGAAUGCUACAACAUUCCAUGUCAGAGUCCAAGAUGACAACAGUAUCGCUGUCUCUUUAGAAGCUUCAGAUGUGAUGAGUCCAUCAUCUGUGUAUGUUGUGAAGAUAACUGGUGAAUCAAAAAAUUACUUCUUCGAAUUUGAGGAAUUCAACAGUACUCUGCCUCCUCCCAUUAUCUUUAAGGCCAGUUAUCAUGGCCUGUACUAUAUAAUUACCCUGGUAGUGGUAAAUGGAAAUGUGGUUACCAAGCCAUCCAGAUCGAUCACUGUGUUAACAAAACCUCUACCUGUAACCAGUGUUUCAAUAUAUGACUAUAAACCUUCUCCUGAAACAGGAGUCCUGUUUGAAAUUCAUUAUCCAGAAAAAUAUAACGUUUUCACAAGAGUCAACAUAAGCUAUUGGGAAGGUAAAGACUACCGGACAAUGUUAUAUAAAGAUUUCUUUAAGGGAAAAACAGUAUUUAAUCACUGGCUGCCAGGGAUAUGUUAUAGUAAUAUCACCUUUCAGCUGGUAUCUGAGGCAACUUUUAAUAAAAGCACUCUUGUGGAGUACAGUGGUGUCAGUCAUGAACCCAAAAGGCAUAGAACUGCCCCUUACCCACCUCGAAAUAUCUCAGUUCGUAUUGUAAACUUGAACAAAAACAACUGGGAAGAACAGAGUGGCAGUUUCCCAGAGGAAUCAUUCAUGAGAUCACAAGAUACAAUGGGAAAAGACAAAUUGUUCCAUUACACAGAUGGAACUCCUGAAAUUCCCUCUGGCAACCUUUCUUCUGGUUGGCCUGACUUUAACAGCAGUGACUAUGAAACCGCAUCCCCGCCAUACUGGUGGGACAGUGCAUCUGCAACUCCUGACAGUGAAGAUGAAUUCGUCAGUGUUCUUCCCGUGGAAUAUGAAAAUAACAGUACGCUCACUGAGACUGAGAAAUCAACAGCCGGUUCUUUCUCUUUUUUCCCUGUACAAAUGAUCUUGAGUUGGUUACCACCAAAACCACCCACCGCCUUUGAUGGGUUCCAUAUCCACAUAGAAAGAGAAGAAAACUUUACUGAAUAUUUGACAGUGGGUGAAGAAGCACAUGAAUUUGUCACAGAACUGAAGGAGCCCGGGAAAUAUAAGUUAUCGGUGACAACCUUCAGUUCCUCGGGAUCUUGUGAAACGCGAAACAGUCAGUCAGCAAAAUCACUCAGCUUCUAUAUCAGUCCUUCGGGAGAGUGGAUUGAAGAACUCACCGAGAAGCCCCAGCACGUGAGCGUCCACAUUCUGAGCUCCACCACGGCCGUGAUGUCCUGGACGUCUUCCCAAGAGAACUACAACGGCACCAUCGUGUCUGUGGUGUCACUCACGUGCCAGAAACAGAAGGAGAGCCAGAGGCUAGAGAAGCAGUACUGCACUCAGGUGAACUCAAGCAAAUCUAUUAUUGAAAAUCUGGUCCCUGGUGCCCAGUACCAGGUUGUGAUGUACCUAAGAAAAGGCCCUUUGAUUGGACCACCUUCAGACCCUGUGACAUUCGCUAUUGUUCCAACUGGAAUAAAGGAUUUAAUGCUCUAUCCCUUGGGUCCUACGGCAGUGGUUUUGAGCUGGACCAGACCUUACUUAGGAGUGUUCAGAAAAUACGUGGUUGAAAUGUUUUAUUUCAAUCCUACAACAAUGACAUCAGAGUGGACGACCUACUAUGAAAUAGCAGCGACUGUCUCCUUAACUGCAUCAGUGAGAAUAGCUAAUCUGCUGCCAGCGUGGUACUACAACUUCCGAGUUACCAUGGUGACAUGGGGAGACCCAGAACUGAGCUGCUGUGACAGUUCCACCAUAAGCUUCAUAACAGCUCCAGUUGCUCCAGAAAUCACUUCUGUGGAAUAUUUCAACAGUCUGUUAUACAUCAGUUGGACAUAUGGAGAUGACACGACUGACCUCUCCCAUUCUAGAAUGCUCCACUGGAUGGUUGUUGCAGAAGGAAAGAAGAAAAUUAAAAAGAGCGUAACACGCAAUGUCAUGACUGCAAUUCUCAGCCUGCCUCCAGGAGAUAUCUACAACCUCUCCGUAACCGCUUGCACUGAAAGAGGAAGCAAUACCUCCAUGCUCCGCCUUGUCAAGCUAGAACCAGCUCCUCCGAAAUCACUCUUUGCAGUGAAUAAAACCCAGACUUCAGUGACUUUGCUGUGGGUGGAAGACGGAAUAGCUGAUUUCUUCGAAGUCUUCUGUCACCAACUUGGCUCCAGUCGGGAAACAAAACUCCAGGAACCGGUUUCUGUUUCUUCUCAUGUUGUGACCAUUUCCAGCCUCCUUCCUGCCACCGCCUACAACUGCAGUGUCACCAGCUUCAGCCACGACAGCCCCAGCGUCCCGACAUUCAUAGCCGUCUCAACAAUGGUUACAGAGGUGAAUCCCAACGUGGUAGUCAUCUCGGUGCUGGCCAUCCUUAGCACGCUGCUAAUUGGAUUGCUGCUUGUUACCCUUAUCAUUCUGAGGAAAAAGCAUCUGCAGAUGGCUAGGGAGUGUGGAGCAGGCACUUUUGUUAAUUUUGCAUCCUUAGAGCGAGAUGGAAAGCUUCCAUACAACUGGCGUAGGAGUAUAUUUGCUUUCUUAACCCUGCUACCCUCAUGUCUUUGGACUGAUUAUCUUUUGGCAUUUUAUAUUAAUCCUUGGAGUAAAAAUGGUUUAAAGAAGAGGAAACUGACUAACCCAGUUCAACUGGAUGACUUUGACGCCUACAUCAAGGAUAUGGCCAAAGACUCUGACUAUAAAUUUUCUCUUCAAUUUGAGGAGUUGAAAUUGAUUGGACUGGACAUUCCACACUUUGCGGCAGACCUUCCCCUGAACCGAUGUAAAAACCGUUACACGAACAUCCUGCCAUAUGACUUUAGCCGAGUAAGAUUAGUCUCCAUGAACGAAGAGGAAGGUGCAGACUACAUCAAUGCCAACUACAUCCCUGGGUACAACUCACCCCAGGAGUAUAUCGCGACACAGGGGCCACUGCCUGAAACCAGAAAUGACUUUUGGAAGAUGGUCCUGCAACAGAAGUCUCAGAUUAUUGUCAUGCUCACACAGUGCAACGAGAAAAGGAGGGUGAAAUGUGACCACUACUGGCCAUUCACGGAAGAACCUAUAGCUUACGGAGACAUCACGGUGGAGAUGCUCUCGGAGGACGAGCAGGACGACUGGGCCUGCAGACACUUCCGGAUCAACUACGCUGACGAGAUGCAGGAUGUGAUGCAUUUUAACUACACCGCGUGGCCUGAUCACGGUGUGCCCACCGCGGACGCUGCAGAAAGUAUCCUGCAGUUUGUAUACAUGGUCCGGCAGCAAGCCACGAAGAGCAAAGGACCCAUGACCGUGCACUGCAGCGCUGGAGUCGGGCGGACAGGAACGUUCAUUGCCCUGGACCGGCUCCUGCAGCACAUUCGGGAUCAUGAGUUUGUGGACAUCCUUGGGCUGGUGUCAGAAAUGAGGUCAUACCGGAUGUCCAUGGUACAGACAGAGGAGCAGUACAUUUUCAUCCAUCAGUGUGUGCAGCUGAUGUGGACGAAGAAGAAGCAGCAGUUCUGCAUCAGUGACGUCAUCUAUGAGAACGUCAGCAAGUCCUAGUUCAGAAUCCGGAGCAGACAGGAUGUGAUGUGCACCCAUCCCCCUUGCUUCCAGCGUGGUUUGGGGGCCCUAUUAGCCAUUUGUUAAAAAGAGCCCUGCUUUGUAGUAUGUGGCCAAGGAAAUCAUUUCUCUCAUAGAAGCACCGGAAGACUUAGCCUUAAAGAGCCUACAGUGUCUUUUGGACUCUCUCACUUCUGGACAUUCAGUAACGGACCAAGUUCAACCGGACUCCAGAAAGGUCCACACGCUCCGCAAAGGGCAGGAAGGGCAGCACCUGCGAAGAGUUCCACUGGCCCUUUGCUGGUCGGGCUGAGUUUGUUGUUGUUUUUAAGUGCAAUAAUUUUUAUAUGUGUGUGAUUUCACCAGAACAUUGGAGUGUUUUCUGCCCACACUGUUGAUCAAGUUAGUAGCCCAAGAAAAGGCACAGGCAUUGUUAGUGUCAGAUUAUACCUCAUUGUUAAAAAGAGAAAUGGCCAUUCAUGAAGAAAUGGUAAUUCUGCUUCAAGGAAACCCACCCAGUGCGACCUGUCCUCCACCAUCGGCUACCGGGUCAGAGCGGAGAGGGUGGCUGGGGGAACAGAGAGGGCUGCUCCCCGCAGACCAACUGCGCAUCUUUUCCAAAUACGAAAAGCUGGGAUUCAGCUUCAACGUAGAGUAGGAAAAAUAUUUAAGUCUUAAUUGUUCUAGUUCUUGAUGUUUUUUUUUUUCCCUCCCCUUAUUAACAAUUAAGUGUGUCUUCCUUGGCCCUCUUAGACUAAUGUCAAUGUCUAGACUUUUUUUCAACAAACCAGAUCUGGUUCAGAAGACUUGGAAAUCAGGUUCUUUAGACUUCGUUGCUGUCUGAGCAAUCUUGGUGCCUAGAGUUUGCAUUCUUGUUUUGUUUUCCGUUGACCUGCAUAUGUGUAAAAGCUAUUUCUUUGCGAACUGUAGGCUGUGAACACGCACUUUCUUUCCCCCAAAGAGCUGGGAACUUACGAAGUUAUGGCAAUGAACUGAAGCAUGCUAGGACAAUUAUUUGGCUUGGUUUUUUUUGUUUUUUGUUUUUUGUUUUUUUGGUAAUAUUGUCAAGGGUCUCUGUGGAUUCCGACAGCUUUCUUUCUGUUUCGUUUUCUUUGGGGCUGUCAGUUUCAUUUUAACCCAUGUAACUAGUAACAUUUUAUUCUCUGCAUUUUGUAUAGUUACAGUACCUGACUGUGUAGUGUGACAUGAACGCUGACAAACUGGACACUGAUGGCAUCGUGAAGCCUGUUGCUUUGUGUCACUUCCUGAGAAAUAAGAGGUGAUGGGAUGAUACACAAAGGAAAACGUUUUGCAUUGAAAGUAAACACAAGCUGGCUGCUUCACUGCGGCAGCGUGGCUGACCUGAGACCUCCCGGGUGUGUUUCAGGAGGCUGUGCCCCUGUGUGUCUGAUCACUGCCCCUUGCUCUGGCUUCCUUCUUCCCUGAGCAUCUUCAUGAAGCCAUGUGUGUGGGAUCAGUUUCAUAUUUGAUCAGUGACCAUAGUGAUGGCGAAGGAUGCCAAGUGAACAGCUCUGCUCCCCACUGUCUCUUGUCACCGAGACGGCCUGGCCACAGCGGAGCUUGGCACAGUUCUCUGCAAGAGCUGGCCAGCGAGUCUCAGGUUCGCCUUGCGGGAGGAACGGCAGAGGAGAUCCAGACCCCGCAGGUUAACAGCUUGGGCUCCCCGGCGUUGUCAGCUUUCACUUGCCCCCCUUCCUCCCCUUCUCGCCUCCCUGCUGCUACCUCCUUCUCUUCUCACUCUCACCCCUUUAAGUCCCUUCUUGGACAUGUGAAUAAUGUAUCACUCUGUUCUCAGCAACACACAUGGCUACAGAAAGGUGGCAAGUCUACGUGUGACAUCCUUAGGUGUUCACACACAGCCAGGCCGGGAUGAAGUGGGCCACCUUGGGGGAGUCGAGGAGACGCGAGCUGGUACCUGAAACACAUUUCCCAUUUCUGCCACCUGGAACGUUACUUUCCUGAAACUUAAAGCACUUCUUAAAUAUUUUAUGAUUUUCUUAAGCACCUGUUUGAGAUAGGGAUCAAAUAGUCCCAGAUCAACUUUCCAAAACCAGAAGACACCAAUGCCCUUGACCAGAUCAUUCACCCCUUAAGGGGUUCCUGCAGCCAUCACUGUCCACUGGUACCCUGGUGCUCCUGAAAUUGGAGAGUUUGUGAUGGGAAAAGGGUCAAUCUGUCAGAAGAUUUGGGUUUUAGUACCAACAGAUGACUUUGGGAUUUCUCUCUCCUGGGUCUCAGUUAGUGAACUGUGGAUUUCCCUGGGAAUAGCUCCCUAGUUUGUGGGUGAAAAGGGUAUCAGAUGUGAUAAAUCCUAUCAAGGUGCUUUGUCUUUUAUUCUUUCAUGUACCCUCUGGGCCCCUCUAACCAGUUUAAUUUCCACCCCAGGAUUCAACUUUAAGAAUUCAGAGGGGAGACAGCCAGGGCCUCUGUAUAAUUAAUUAAGGUGUGUGGGGUUUUGUUUUAAACAUCUGAGAGGUGCUGCAGGGUCCUGAACAUGGAACCAUUAGCACGUGCAGUUCAUAGUAGCCAGCACGGUGCAAAGAGAGAGCUGGAGACUACGGAAUAAAAAAAAAUAUUUAACUUCAAGUGCUCUUGAGAUCAAAUUCCUUGACUGCAAAAACCAAUUUCUGAAGUUAAUUGAGAAACGACUACAAGACUCUAAUUUCUAAAUUUAAUGUUGAACGCCAAUAUAGCCACCCCUACCCAUUAUAUGGUUUUAUUUAACUUGAAAGGAAGGUGAUGGAUGGACAGCGUUCUGAUUCAGGGUUUACAAUUUUCCACUACAGAGUCAACAUUGCUCCCCAAAUUUAAAGUUAGAAAAGUUAGUAAGAUUUUUUUAAACUCUUAUAGAAUAUUCAAUCAGAUUUUGUGCUAUCUCCCCUUUCCUUAAAGCUCUCCCUGCCCCCAGCAAGGUGAUAGAUCUCUCAAGGAAGGCUGUGACGUCAACACGUAAGGCAGGGAUCGGGGACUUUGGGUCUGAACUUUUUGUAGACCAUAUGAGAGCUGCUGGCAAGAGGGCUGGCUCCCAGCCAAGGAGGUGAAGUUACUGAAUCCAAUCUCUCAGAGCCAAAAUCCUCCUUGCUUUCUAGCAAGGAGGCCUUCCUUCCCACCUCGGGCCAUGUCUGAUGUAAUGUGCUUCAGAUCAGCUGGCUCGUUUCCUAGCUCUCCGAUCACCAGCCUGGUGCUUGGCCCAGGCUGAGCACUCAGAGGCCGUGCCUAGGACAGAAUAUGACAUCCACUUUGGCCAGAGAGCUUAGAAAGCAGCAGAAACAUGACACACGCACAUAACAAAAACCACCUCUGGUUUUUCACAGCCCCGUUCGGCUGCAUCAGAAGGAAACUUAAGCCGUGAUCUCUCCGGGUCCCGGCCUUCCGGAACAGCAGGACAUCUGCUGUCAGUUUCCACUGAUGCUUCUCAAAAGGGUUGAUCAUGGUAGGUCGCUCAGUUAAAGACGGAUUGUCAUGUGUAGCUCUGGAAGUCGUGUCACGCGGACGCUGACAAAACUGAAGGUUGUCCACGGCAGGGUCACCAGAGCCCUUAGGGACAUGGAAAACAAAGGUCAUCUGAAACUCUCCAAAGAAGUAAGUGACUGUUGAGACCAAGGACUGUGUUUCCUGGUCUAAUUGUUGCUGUGGAAUGACCAGCUCCCAAUCCACCUUCCUGUUCACCCCCGAGGGCCUGCGGGGAGCAGGGAAUCUUUGGGACCUGGACCAGUGAUUUCCAAAUGAGGCUCCCGCUUCAACGAGAGAAACUCUGAUUUUUACUUACUGUACACAGUAGCAAAGUCUAUAAAAUUUCAUGUGUUAAAAAAUGCUUUUUCCAUUUAAAAAAAUUUUUUAUACCCUGACCUAGGAUAUCUGAGAGAAAAGAAGAUUUGCAGGAUAUACAGAAGUCUGAGGGAGUCAGUCCAAAUUUGAGUCGUUCCACUGACUGUGGAACAAGCUGCUUAUAUCUGAGUUUCAACACACUGAUCUGUGAAGUGGGGUUGUAUGUGAAAGUUUUCAGCACAGAUACGUUCAGUUCCUGUUUUCCUUCCUCCAAGAAUAGAUGGGAGGAGAAAAAAGACAAAACAAAAGAUUAAAAAAAAAAAAAAAGAAUAGGUGAGAGAGAAGAAACCCUUACCAUAUGAUCCCAGCUCAGAGAAAGAAACCAUACAUCAGGACAGGCUCUGGAAGACCUACAGAUAUGAGUUACUCACCAUUUGUGUGUGUGUGUGUGUGUGUGUGUGCAUGAGUUUUAUUCCUGGAUUUUCCAUUGUCUGAAAGAGACGAGGUAUUCAUUUAGGGGGAUAGCGGGAAUGACUGAGGCUGGAGAAAUUAUAUUCUACCCCACAGCCAUGCUUGAGGGAUAAGACUGACUGCUUCAGGGUUGCCCCAGGUGGGGCAGCCUAGAAAAGCAGUAGGAAUUGGGCCAAGUGCCUGGGACCACAGUCAGGAAGGAAAGAGCCCAAGUGACCAGCCUGGACCAGGACCAUCUGGGCCUGGCAGGAGCCCUGGUUCGCUGCCCACUUCAUCCCAGCACCAAACUAAACGCAAUAUGCCCAAGGUUCUUUAGGAAGCAUCUCAGCUAUUAAAAUACCCCAUUGAUACUGAAAUACAGGUUGCAGACCUCACUGCCCUUGGAGACCCGAUAGACCUGUCCUACCUCAAUUCAGUUUAGAAUCUAAGAGUACAGUUUUUAGUAAUUCCUUUUAUCUUAGCAGAAUUUUACUAACUUUUAAUUUGAUAAUUUUUCUUUCACAAAUGUAAUAAGAUAAAUCUGAACAUUUGGGUAUUAGAAGAUUUUUUUUUUCCUGGUAACAAUGCACCUCUCCAUCAAAAACCUGAAGACAUCUUAGACGACAGCUCAGAGCACCAGCUUCUUCAGCAUCUUUUCUGUCCUCAGCCUGUGAACAGAAAGGAACAAAGCAUCCAGGAAAGGAUGCUGUGAGGUGGGGUGGGGGUAGGUCUUGGAGAGGCCUGCAGAAAAGAAGGGAUUGAGGACCCAAGAUGGUGGAAAGAGAAUGGGUUGGAUUGGCGGGGAAGAUGGGAAUAAAGACUAAAAUUCCUGUCUGGGACCCAGAACUGUUGGAAAUAGAACCCUUCUCUGGGAAUUGCCCAUAGCUACCACAGCUCUUUGAGUAUUUUGUGUUUUGUUUUAAAUAAAGAAAGGAAGAUCCAAGAA